UAUUGCGCAAACUGGAAGAAGAGACUAAAAGAAACCAAUACAAAGAUAAAACUCAUAGCAAACUGUGGGGAAAAAAGAGAGACAAACCGACGACAAAGGGUUUACUAUACUGAUUUUGUCAUAAAUCAUUAUCCUCAAAUGGCCAACAAAGCUACCUUCCAUCUACUCAUGAUCUUCUGCUUAACUCUAUCUCAGUUUUUUUUCUUCUUCCCUACCAAUGCUUCGAGAUUUGGGAGUUUGAUGGAGAGGCCUGAUCAAAUUUUCCUACCUCAACAAGAUACAAUACUGGACGUGAAGAAGGACGUAGAGGAAAGGGUGACGAUGGAGUUAAAUGAUUAUCCAGGCUCCGGUGCCAACAACCGGCACUUGCCACGUGGAAGAGGAUGCAUCGAUUGCUGAUAAAAGUUAAAGAAGAAUAAUAACGUAAUACAAAAAAAACAAACCGAUUACCGUCGGAAAUCCUGACGGAAAAAAACUUAAUUAUAAUCGAUAAAUUUAUGUAGCUUACGUCUGAAUUAAUUCAGUUAGUUAACAUCGAGGUACAUACGUGGCCAGUUUAAUACUAUCGGAGGCCCUUGGACAAAAAUAUAUAUUCUAAGGCCCUAUAUCUAAUUAGUUUCUAGUAUUAUGUUUCUAAAAGUUUUUAAUGCUAUGAAACUAGAGAAUAUAAUACGUA